GCAUGCUAUCACGCCAGUCCGCUGUAGUUACGUGUAGUUGCGCGAAAAGUGGAACAACACAAAUGAAUGUGAUUUCAAUUAGUGUAGAGAUUUCACGCAGAGUUUGCACUUCAUCAGCAAAUUUAACAUGCAGCGAAACACGUAGCAAACAAACAAGAGGGCCCACCCCAGACCCUUGAAGAAUUUUCUUUGUCCAAACUGGACACCAUCCAAGGCAUAGUUGCAGGGCAACCAGCAUUUCCAGGAGAUCAUUUACCAUAGAGAGCAAACUGUUUGUCUCGGACACUAUGCUGUACCCGGAAGACUUUGACUUUCCGAGACACCUUUUGAAGGCCGUCGACGAAGUUCCGGGAUGUACAAAGAAUGACGUCUCCUGUAAGGCGGUAAGAAAAGUUCCCAGAAAGCACGCCCCAAGCCCUUGUGCUGCUGGUGCAAUAACGGUGGACGCCAUUACCAGCACAUCCGUUCCGUCGGGGUGCAGACAUUUGCACGUACCUACAACAAGGGUACGCAGACACCCAUCUUGCGCAAGAACCAGCGCAACACGGACAAAAGCGACGCUCCAUCCUUCGAGUGCUUCGCGUGUGGCAGCAUGUUCUCCUCCAAAAGGUACCUGAAAAAGCACCACGAUGCCAAACACUCCCCCGAGGAAGGCACAAAUGUCGCUCCUACAAUUAUUCCAGCAAAGGCAUAGCUCACGACGAAAGCACGGCACACCCAUAUGUGAAGCACGUUCAGAGAAAUUCGGCACCGGAGGGUAGCUUGGACGAGGAUUUAAAAAGAGUGUUCGAGGUGGAGAGGAGGAAACAUGAGGGAGAGAAGAAGAGAGAGAAUUGACCACGAGUGCUCUUCAGUGGCAGCACGUACAAAGUUUAUUCAGCCUCUGCGCAAAUAGGAUGGAAGAUAUAUGCGUGUGACCAGGGAUGGAAAAAGUCCGAGACAAAGAGUGACCUGCUCCAACGUUGCCCAGACAAGGAAAGGCUGCGCGCUCGUCGACGUGAUGUAACAAUUAAGAGUUGGCCAAUCGGGACAGCGUUUUCAACGGCCAGAGACAAUCACGAACAGGCUUCCAGCAGUCGUGGCCGCGGAGGGGAACCACCGUCAUCUGCGAGCUGUGACUGAAUGUCCCUUCGUACUAAAUGGGAAAACUUGGAAAUAAAGUGCAAAGCGGU